AUGGAACCGAAGAGUCUCGUGGAUGUGGACAUUGAGUGUUACGUCCCGACAGUUGAGCCUGAAGGUACCUCAGAGAUCAAGGCGCAUUUCGGCCUGUUUCAGUCGAACAACAACGUGACACCAGCCGCACUGACGUCGGACAAGCAUGGGUUCUGCAGCACUACCUUCACCCCGCGGUUUGGCAGAGAGCAAACCAAACUCUGCGAUCUCGUCCACUUUCGCGCCAGCACUGCCAUCGGCGAUGUGAUGAAGCUCAGCAUAGAAGUGAACGCCAUCGAAUUGGAUUUACUGCUGAACGUGUACUAUGUGUCUGACGAGUCCAUUCCCAAAGGAAAAAAACCGGCCAAGGGCAGCCACACACGGAUCGGCACUCGCCGCUUGACCCUCCGCAAACUCAUGCAUGCAGUACGCCCCACCCCCCUGGAGAUACUGCUGCCCGAUCGCCACUUUGCCACGGCUGAACUGACAGUAUGUGCGUCGCUGUCGGGUCUGACACUCCAACGCACCACAGAAGUACCAGCCAUACCAUCAAGAGCCGAAUCUAUCAUGACGGAUACAUCCACCCAGUCAUAUGCGGCGUCUUAUGAUACGCUUCACACACGCACAGGUGUGUCUGCAGGUGCGGGUUCGUCGAUGAACGUACCCGCAUGCACACCCGCUCGCGCGGACACUGGCACUGUCACUCACCCAGCUAUUCAGGCCACCGAUACCCCUACAAAUACACACAUCAUAUGCGAUGCGGCCGACAUACACACACUGGAUUCAUUGAUCCUCACUCACACCACUUGCGUGCGUGCAUUGGUGCGGCAGUUUCGGUUGCUGCGCCAUCAGUACCACAAGCUGGCGCGCAAGCAUGCGGACGACUUCUGUCGGGAGGGCGAACACGUGCGCAUCCCUAUCCUCCUAUAUGAACAUGAGCGUACUCCUAGCGCACCAGUCCUCGAGAAAAUAGGACCGGUGCAGGUGAAAGUCUCGGGAAUGCAGCAACCGGAGAGGCCAGGAGAAGGCGCUGGUGAAUCAGAUAGUGCAGAACCACAGACAUACAAGACAGGUGUAUUGUCAGGCGACGCACACGACCAAGCCACGCAUGGCACACGCAUACAACCAAAGAACCCAGUUGGCAGCGCUCGUGCAUACGCACACAGUAUGCAGGGCACGCCCACACACGCCCACACCACCCGUGAGGCCCACAGACAACCACAGACCACUCAGGGUAUUCCCUACCCAGAGCGCAAGCCCAAACACUCGGACUACUAUGAGCAGCUGCAGCAUGUGCUGUGGUCAGCGGUGCAACGUGCCGUGCAGGCGGGUUGCCAUGGCGACGGCGGUGUGGAUCAGACCAGUGAUGAGUCACACGCACCACUCAACACUUUAGAAACACCCACUGACCGUUUGGGUCCCGAUGGGGCCAAAACAGCCCCACAGUCUUCUACUAAUGCGGGCGAGCCCAACUCAGACACCCCACAACGCGUGGUACGAGUGUGUACUGCAGAGCGUGACCAUGGGUCGUGUAGACGUGCGCGUGAGCAGAGAGUGUGCGCAGUGAUUGUGGCGCAUUUGACGUCCCUCAGCCGACAGCUGAGCGCGCUGUUUGUGGAGAUGAGCGAUGACUUCACGCCAGACCGCUGCGUCUACCUCGGCUCAAUUGAGAAGACCAUGGCCCAUCGCCACCAGAACCUCUACCGCUCCCAACUCAGCAGUACAUGGCAUGAGGCUAGAGACAAUCCGCGCAGUUGCCUGGCAUACAGGCAGCACAUUCCUCUGGGGGCAUACCGAGCGUCCUUCGCUACAAAAGCCGCAGAUGAUCAAGCACGUGCACAUGCGCUUGCGCAGGGAGGUGGUACUGUUCCCGAGGUUCGGAGCAUGCACUCAGCAGCGAAUGAGCUCGCCCGUUCAGCUUUCACCUCUGACCAGAUACCGGGACACGUCGCCACAUGCGCAUAUGGUACUGCACACGCGCACCCAGAUAUAACUAGGCCUGGGACCGAGGAGCACACGCAACGCACUGAAUGGGCAGAAUCUGGACAUGCUGUCACAACAACUAGGCACGUAGAGGCACACGCAGGGGUGAGCACAAGCGGUGAGGUGCGUAGUACCACAGCCACAAGCGGUGAGGUGCGUAGUACCACAGCCACCCUAAAUAUGCCCAGACAAGAGACGCUUGCAGGGCACAACACACAACUGGUGGCUAAGGCGUCCGAUGAUAUGACUGAAAGCGUGUCUGGGCAGGCACAGGCGAGUAUAAACACUGCUGUUGGUACACACAUAGACGAGGAGUGGGACAUGCGCUCGCCAAGCCAUCGCCAGGUGAAUUGUGCGGACUGCUCAGCGCAUGCGGCUCUCCCACUGAUUGUGGGAGACCGAACAAAGACACACACGACCUAUGUGCCUGGGGCGUCGCCACAUGCGAUCGCGUUCAAGAACAGAACACGGGAAAAACAAGGCAAGCUUGAACAAGACACGCUGGAAAGGGGCAGUGGUAGUCAAGAUAACAGCGGGACACUUGAGGCAGAGCUGCUUAGUCAGAGCCUUAGUGCACCAGCGCAAGCGGCAACGAAGAAUACGUAUACGGAAACUACUAGUGACGGGUGUGACAGCAGCGAGGAGCCUCCUGAGAUCCACAACGGCACACGUGACUGUAAAGGUACAGAGGUUGGACCUCUAGGCAGCUCAGGCGCAGUUGAGAGCUCAGACAUCACUCGCGGUUUAGCGAGCGCACUGGGACGUACCCAUCUCGCAAGCGGAUCUGAAUGUACUACAGGCGUAUCCGAACCCCCCAUAUGUGAACCAGGGAGUGGCACAGGUAGUUUGGAAUCUAUCGCAAAACCGUCUGGGCUGGUUCCAGCCAGCACUGACUGCCUGAAAAAUGCUCCCGCAUAUAUCUCGGUAUCGGAAACCGCCAAGAGCCCAUCAGAAGAUAGUACGUCGGCCGAUUCCAGCGUCAGCACCCAUGGAUCUAUAAAUAGAACAUGCAACCACCGCUGCGAAUGGCGCGGAACCUUCGUGAGCGCGGUGGACGACACUUUCGACGCCACACCAAUGCCGGCGAUGUACGAGGACGUGUACGGCCACGUGGCACAGCAAAGACACAUGCACACCCAACCGAACCAGCCCAAGACCCAGGCCAAGCCCCCACACACCCCGUGCAUGCAUGUGCACACUCAGCACAGACGCGACCAGGCGCAGCGCAGGCGCGAGAAGGAGCGGGGGAGAGGCUGUGGGGUGGGUGUGUGCACGUAUCUGAGUGACUCGCACGCCAAUGCGUAUACCAGGAACACGAUGCCAAACGCGGCACACGUGUGCACUGAUGCACACACGUGUGCGCGAACACACCACGACGCUGGUCCCCCCACACGUACAAGUAUGCCUGAGUCGCCUCACGCUAGCACGGGGAAAUAUGCUAGGACGAUGCCACACGCACCCGACCCCACCCAUACAGAGGACACGCGCACACAACACCCACUACCACAGCCAGCUCAGACACUCGUGGACCUGCAGACGGCACACUCGCACGCACCCAACGAACACGUGGCCACGCCUCAGAUGCACGUGGUGGUCUUGGUGCAUGGCCUGGCUGGCUCGCGGUAUGACUUCCGAGUGUAUGCCGCACUGCUGCGACGCCGUAGCAUAUGCAAUGGGUCGCGCGCGACUGCGAAGCUGCACCUGCUACUGUCCAAAGCCAAUGAGGACAAGACGUACGACUCACUGCCCACACAGGCAGCCCGGCUCUGUUCGGAGAUUAUCGAGUGCGAGCAAGAGUUGAGGACCAAGCGUGGGGCCAACGUCUGUGCCAUCAGCUUCAUCGCCCAUUCACAGGGUGCGCUGGUGGUCAGGCUGUGUGUAACAUUGUCGCAUUUCCGACCCUUCCUGCCGCUUUGUCGUACGUUCCUGUCGCUCGCUGGUCCCCAUCUGGGCACACCCACACACGCCGUAUCGCCUCUUGUUGGGUUUGGGCUGUGGUUUCUGUCCAACUUCAACGGAUCUGACAGCAUCGCUCAGCUCAAACGUGCCGAUGGUGGUCGCGUAGAGGACUCGUUACUGUACCGUCUAGCUCAUCACCCUGUCGGGCUGGGAGUGUUCCGCACCGUCAUUCUAGUCGCCACCCGUCUGGACGGCUACGUCCCAGUACACUCGGCCCUGAUCCAUUCCAACGAAGCCAUGACCACGGCCGAGGCGAACCCAGCGUCCACAAACACCAUUGGUGCUGCCCCUACCUCGGCACAAGCAGGUGCACAGACACACACACACGCACGCCCACAGCAGGAUGCGAGUGCCAAUACAGGCACCGCCAACGAUGUGACUAGCUUAGGACCACAAGCCGACUCGGAGAUGGCCAGGGCUAUCUUGACGCCUAUUGUGCAGCACUGGGAAAGUGAGAACGAAAUAGAGACGACCCGAGCCCACAUGUGCUCGUGCGCGUGCAGGGCUGGGUGUACUGGGUGCGCCCAUCGCUUGGAGUAUACGUGCGUACAACCGGUGUGUAUUUCGGGUGCAGUUGCGAGAGGGGACUCAGACACGGCCCCUACUUCUGCGGACAGCCCUCUAAGCGGUGCACCGAGUGGGGUGGGUAAGGGGAGUAUACCACAAGCACACAAGGGGUGUGCAUGCCAUUGUACCGUGCCACUGACUAGUAGUGCUGAGCCGAUACUAGACGGGGUGUGUUCUGGGCCGACGAUCACGUCGCACUGUACGGACCAGGUGGGGAGUAUGGAUUCGCUGGAGCGGGGACGGGACCUCCACUGGUUUGGCUCUGAAGCGUACGCACCACGAGACGGUGAGACAAGCACGUGCUCAAGGGAAGGCACUUGCGCUAUGCUCAGCCACAAUAGUGCACACGCGGCGCUGCGACCGUUGGAGGCCAUGAGUGUUGACUGUAGGGGUGGGUGUGACGGAGGAGCCUCUCAUGGGGGUGUGCGUGUGAGUAUUGCCACAGAUGGAUCUGCCGCCACCGGUGGAUGUGCACGACAUACGCCACUCCAGCUGACAGACGACACCACCGCAGAGAUGCGCACACGAGAAACACACCCACGCCCACGCACCGGGUGUGCAAGCACCGCCGCCCAGACUAUCGGAGCCGACGCAGCGCAUACGGAGCUGUUGAUGCGACUGGAGAUGAUAUACCCUCAGUCGUACAAGGGGUUGUUUGCGGACAUGCUGGGGCGUGCGGUGCACACGGGCCUGCUAGAUAACAUCCCUAUAGUGCACAUGCUGUUCGCUCGGGUCGCGUGUCACUUCAGCUGAUCUGGGUGGCCUACGGGUGUAGACUGUCGACCGUAGACAUUCCGGUGUGGUUGAUUGAUGACAUAGCAGCUUCUUUGUGUUGUACCUAAGGCACUAGUGUUUGAUAGACAGGUGUAAUAUUAUACCGCUCAGUGGCCCAUUCCAAGCACGCAGCCGAUCAUAAACCCGAAACCGGGACAAUAAACCUGAAACCGGGACAAGAGUAUUUUGAGAGUUGGGGUCACAGUCUAUCAAAACUUUGUGUCGUGACUGUGCUUGGUGUUCCGCUGAGCUAUAAAGCACUCGUGCACCAACCCUUCUGGAAGCAGGACUUUCGUGUGGCGACAAUUCUGUUUAUAUAUAUUAUAGAGCAAUUGUGCGUCUAGAGCAAUUGUGCGUCUAGAGCAAACGUGCACGAGCAACCAUGCACCAACGCUUGUAAACGCAGAUUAUUGUCAUAUGGCAACAAUUGCGUUGAUAUAUAUGAUAAAGCAAUCGUGCACAGAGCAACCAUACACCAACACUUGUGGACGUAGACUUUCAUAUUGCAAC